GUAAGCUUUCAACCCAUCUAGUGACUUGUCACAGUCUUUCCGACGCGAGCUCGACCGUCACGACCAUCUUCAUAUCCGCCUUCAACUUCAAUCAAGGUCAGAUCUUCUUCUGAGUGUGGUCAUCACAGUCACGUCUACCUACGCCACUGAGGCGGUGAAAAAGGACCGUCAUGAUCUGCCAACUCUGCUUCGGUCGCGGAGACCACACUACGUUCUGUCCCCGCCUCCAAGAGCAAUAUACAAUGGUGGCACUCUCAGUAUUUGCCUUAGGAGCCAGCAUCGCCGGUCAAAUCCAUGCAAACCCAUUUGCGACAACUCCAUUCUCUGCUCCGACCGUAUUGCCAUUCGCUCCUGCAAUUACCUAUACCACACCACCACAUACUCGGCAGCACAUCGCUGCUUCGACGUUUCCUGCCGGGAGUUUUCGUAGCCCACGCUCGAAAAGCAAAGGCCGAAGAGCCAGAGGAGCAAGAGCCAAAGCCAGAAAGGUCGAAGCCCAGAAUGCCCCAAAGCAGAAGCAGUUCCCUGAAACUCUGCAAGGGGUGACGAAAGAGAUUGGUACAGCUACAUCAGCCUCAAACACAGUGAACUAUAGCCCUGUUUCCGGUGUGCUACCAACUACGACGAGCAUGGCUCUACGCGAUACGUCCUCGAAAGUCGGAAAUGAACCUUCGAUGGUUGAAGCAGAGUGUCAUAUCAGUCAUGCUCCAGGUUCAGAUACGGAUUGUCAUAUGAAUAAGGUCCUCUGAGCCAGAAGUCUUCUUCCUGAGCUCAGAGACUUGCUGCGGUUUUGUUGGCUGAAAUUGACGCGGAUGAUGUACGACGAAUGCGUCAAUCUCGCGCAUACUUGUCGCGUGAACAUCGUGGCAAUCGUCACAAGUACUUAGCGGAAAGAAACGAUGAGGCAUCCAAGUAUGCUUCCGUUGAGCUUCAUAUGCUUGGAGAUCUUCACCAAAGGGCUUUCCCGAUCUGUGACACCACGAUCUCGCCCCUUGUCUCUCGUGAUGAAUGUUUCAUUCUCAUU